AUGGCCUCCUACCUAGCAUCCAUCUAUGGCACCGAGCAGGACAAAGUCAAUUGCUCCUUCUACUACAAGAUCGGCGCCUGUCGACACGGCGAUCGAUGUUCGCGCAAACACAUCCGCCCUCCAUACUCGUGCACACUCCUCCUCUCCAAUGUCUACCGCAAUCCUCGCCAUCACGAGCAGGACUGCACCAUCACCGACACCGAGCUUCAGUCCCAAUUCGACGCCUUUUACGAAGACAUGUUUGUCGAACUUGCCAAGUACGGUCAACUCGUCGAGAUGCACGUCUGCGACAACGUGGGUGACCACCUCAUUGGCAAUGUCUAUGCGAGGUACAAGUACGAGGCCGAUGCUCAGCGUGCGGUGGAUGCGUUGAACGAUCGGUGGUACGACGGCAAGCCGCUCUUCGCCGAGUUGAGCCCCGUGACCGACUUUCAGGAGGCGUGCUGCCGACAGAACGAGACCAACGAGUGCAACAGGGGUGGAUUCUGCAACUUUAUGCAUCUCAGAUACGCAAGCAGGCCGAUACGCAAGGAGCUGAACCAUCAAUUGGCCGUCGAAUUACGCAAGAGGAAGGAAGAAGGCAGAGACACAGCCAAGGGGGUCAAGAAGAGACUAGGCUGGAAGGAAAGGUUGGCGCUCGAGCAGGGUGAGUCGCUUGCAGAGGGGUCUGAUGGCAAUGCGAGCGAGGAUGCCGAUAGGCAUGAGGCGAAGCGCGAUUGGAAGAGCGGCAAGUCCGGAGGCGACUGGAGGAGUCAGCCCAGAGCCGCAGAUGUGGAUGCAGCUGAUCAUCAAGAAGGGCGUUCGAGUGCAGUAGCGAACAGUGUCAGUGUCCAAGCAGAGGAGAGAUCGCAAGAUGGCGCAUGA